GCCUCUGCAGCAAGACCCUUUAUAAAGAGCAGUCUUUCUAUUUCACUCCUCACUGAGCCUCACUGGCUUUAGGAACUAAAGACUCUUCCCAGGCACUUUCAAGUGGGAAAGAAAGAAGAGUUUUGGAACCAUUAUUUUCUCAUCACAGCAGCAACUUAAAAUGCCUAAGAAGAUGGUCGUGAUCUUUGGAGCCUUGAAUAUACUUUGGAUGGUGUUUGCAGCUUCUCAAGCUUUUAAAAUUGAGAUCUCCCCUGAAUCCAAAAUUGUUGCUCAGAUCGGUGCCUCCAUUUCACUGACUUGCAGCACAACGGGCUGUGAGUCUCCAUCUUUCUCCUGGAGAACCCAGAUAGACAGUCCGCUGAAUGGGAAGGUGAAAAAUGAGGAGACCAUGUCCACGCUGAUCAUGGAUCCUGUUAGUUUCGGGAAUGAGCACUCUUACCUGUGCACAGCAACUUGCGGAACUAGCAAAGCAGAAAAAGGAAUCCAGGUGCACGUCUACUCUUUUCCUAAGGACCCAGAGAUUCAUUUGAGUGGCCCUCUGGAGGUUGGAAAGCCAAUCACAGUCAAGUGUUUGGUCCCUGAUGUUUACCCAUUUGACAGGCUGGAGAUAGAGAUGUGGAAGGGCGACCGUCACUUGAAAAAUGAGGAAUUUCUGGAGCCUAUGGAGACAAAGUCUCUGGAAACCAAGAGUUUGGAAGUAACCUUCACUCCUACCAAUGAGGAUACUGGAAAAGAGCUUGCUUGCCAAGCUAAAUUACAUAUUGAUGAAAUUGAUGGUGAGCCCCGCGAAAGGGAGACCACAAAAAAGCUGCAAGUCUACAUCUCACCCAAGAACACAGUUAUCUCUGUGAAUCCCUCCACGAGGCUGCAAGAAAGUGGCUCUGUGACAAUGACAUGUACCAGUGAAGGUCUACCAGCUCCACAGAUUUUCUGGAGCAAGAAAUUAGACAAUGGGAGCCUACAGCUCCUUUCUGAGAAUGCAACUCUCACUUUGAUUGCUAUGAGGAUGGAAGAUUCUGGAAUUUAUGUUUGUGAAGGAGUUAACCUGGUUGGGAAAAAUGUGAAAGAAGUGGAAUUAAUUGUUCAAGAAAAACUGUUUACUGUUGAGAUCUCCCCUGGACCCCAGAUUGCUGCUCAGAUUGGUGACUCAGUUGUGUUGACAUGUGGUGUCACUGGCUGCGAGUCUCCAUCUUUCUCUUGGAGAACCCAGACAGACAGUUCUCUGAGUGGAAAGGUGAGGAGUAACGGGACCACAUCCACACUGACCUUGAGCCCUGUGAGUUUUGAGAAUGAACAUUCGUACCUGUGCACCGUGACCUGUGGGCAUAAGAAAAAGGAAAAGGGAAUUAAGGUGGACGUCUACUCAUUCUCUAGAGAUCCAGAAAUUGAGAUGAGUAGUCUACUAGUGGAUGGAAACCUGAUCAAUAUAAGCUGCAAGGUUCCUAAUGUGUAUCCUUCAGAUCGUCUGGAGAUUGAAUUACUUAAGGGGGAGAGUAUUAUGAAGAAGAAAACCUUUUUGGUGGACGGGCAUAAGAAAUCCCUAGAGACCAAAAGUUUGGAAAUGACCUUCAUCCCCACCACUGAAGAUACUGGAAAAGUUCUUGUUUGUCGAGCUAAGUUACAUAUUGAUGAAAUGGAAUUUGAGCUCAAACAGAGGCAGAGUACACAGACACUUCAUGUUAAUGUUGCUCCAAAAGAUAUAAAUCUUACAGCUUUUCCUUCUGAGAGCGUCAAGGAAGGAGACACUGUCACUAUCUUCUGUACAUGUGGAAAUGUUCCCCAAACUUGGAUAAUCCUGAAGAAAAAAGCAGAGGCAGGAGACACAGUGCUAAAGUCUACAAAUGGUGCAUAUACCAUCCACAAGGCCCAGUUAGAGGAUGCGGGAGUGUACGAAUGUGAAUCUAAAAAUGAGAUUGGCUUCCAAUUAACAAGUAUAACACUUGAUGUUAAAGUACCUCCUCGAAACAUGACAAUAUCAAUACAUCCUUCUAGAAAUGUUAAAGAAGGGGAUAAUAUCACAAUUACAUGUAAAACUUUUAGUCAUCCGCCUGCAGUGAUUACCCUGAAAAGAGUUGGUGUGGCCAAUGACAUUACUAUGUGUUCAAAGAAUGGGACAUUUACCUUGUAUCGUGUCACUCAAAAUGAUACAGGGGUGUAUGUAAUCAGUGCUUCCAAUGAGGCUGGGGAUGAUUCUGGACGGAUUGAGAUCUCAGUUAUCAGAAGAGAAAAUAACAAGGACUAUUUUUCUCCGGAACUUCUUGUGCUCUAUUGUGCAUCCUCCUUAAUGAUACCCGCCAUUGGAAUGAUCAUUUACUUUGCUAGAAAAGCCAACAUGAAGGGGUCAUACAGUCUUGUAGAAGCACAGAAAUCAAAAGUGUAGCUAAUGUUUGAAAUGUUUGACCAGAGACACUAUUUAUCAGUUCUAAUCCUCAAUACUGCUCAUCAUUUCACGAAGAAAACAACAAACUGAGAAUGCAGACUUUCCUGAAUAUAGUGAACUCCUGGAAAGAAAUGGCUGCCUACGACACUUGUUGCUGUGAGCAAGAAGCCAAAUGAAAACUUUCUGCCUAAAAAAUAGGCACGACGAUGAAGAUAUGAUGAUUGGAAUAGUUCCUUGAUGUGUAUAUGCAAUAACAUGAUCUGUAUAUAUGUAAAAUGAAGUUUGCCAUAGCAAGAUUGCUUGGAAUAGCAACACUCUAUAGUCAGAUCUCUAAAAUAACUAAACAGUAUUGCCUGGACUGAUUGUUAUAACUUAAUGCAUCUUAAAAAAUAUUUAACAUUAAUAGCAACUGGCAGCUGACCUAUGUCAUCUUUUUAUAUUUAAUUUCCUUUAACAAAAUUUUAUUCCUAUAAAGUUCAUUGAUAACAACUUCAUGUUUGUAAAGAUGCCAGGGUGUUAUAUUUUUAUAGGCAAAUGAUAAACCAGGAGGCCACUGGGUUGACUUUCAGGUACUAAAUACUUCAAUCUGUGGUAUAAUGGUUGACUGGAUUUUUCUGGAUGGUACUGACAUGGUACGGAGAAGUUUUAUGACGUUGUUUGAUGCUUGUGUAACUUUCCUAGUGUGAUCUAAAAAUGCAACUUCUUUUGAUCUUCUUUUGUAAAUAUUUAGUCUUUUUGUAUAGUAAAGUGACAAUUUCUGAAAUUGCAA